AUGGAGAGCCCCAUGGAAUACCAAUGGACCACGGGUCCUAAGAUGGACCCUGCGUCACCAUUCAGCCAUCUUCAGCAGGAGAGCAAGAAGCGUACGUCCAGUCAAAGUGCCCCGACCAAGAAGUCCUGGGAUUACCUCCGCCGAAAGCACUCUAACGCAACCGUCAAACCAGGAACACAUAGCGCCUUCGGUUCACCAGAGAAGAAAACAGUCCCUCACCUCCGCGCCCCGAAUUCGCAGCCCUUCUAUUUCUCCCAGCAACAACAGCCCGCAUCCCCCGCUCCCACCUCCGUCUUCGGCCAGCCCGCUUUCACAACACCGCGCAAAUUCGAUGUCGAUUUCUCAUCAGGGGCGGAAAAUAUGUCAUCUCCAGAAAACGCGGACAAUGAGGAUACACCGGAGCAGGCCAAGUCGGGGAAGCGCAACUCAUUAUUCCAGAUGUACGGACGCUUCGCUCCCGGGCGAGGAGAGAUCCCGCGUGCGAAGCACUACUCGAAUGCUCUCGCUCGGAGGGUUGAAAAGCGGCGCCGAAGGGAUAAACAGCUUGGCAGGCAGAUCCAAGCCGACAGCGACGACGAGAGUGACCGGCCGAGCAGCAGCGAGGGACGGAUAGAGAAAUCCAAGAAACGAGGGAAGGGAUCCGACUCAGAACAGCCUCAAUCUCGAAUGUCGAAGUUCUCCGAGUUCUUCGCCCUGUUGGAGAGACACCCCAACGUCCCUAGCAUCCUCUCGUGGUGGGCCCAGCUCUUGGUUAACCUGUCGCUCUUCUCGCUCACCGUGUACGUCGUCUUCUCAAUUGUGUCAACGAUACGUGCGGAGUUCGACCAAGCUGCGCAAGUGGCCAAGGACGAAAUCCUAGAAACAAUGUCUAGAUGCGCCGACAAUUACGUAUCGAACAAGUGUGCCAGUGGUGACCGACUCCCCGCGCUGAAGGACCUGUGCAUGAACUGGGACCAGUGCAUGUCCCAAGAUCCAGACAAGGUGGGACGCGCCAAGGUGUCGGCGCAGACCAUGGCCAUGAUCAUCAACAGCUUCAUUGAUCCGAUCAGCUGGAAAGCAUUCAUGUUCUUCCUCGCAAGUAUCGCAACCGUGACAGUUGUCAGCAACUGGUCCUUCCGCUCCUUCAGAAACCGCCUCAACCAGCAACACUGGUCUCCAUCUCCCAAUUACAACCAUCCUCCCCACGGCCAACAACCCCAAAUGCACAUGCCCCCACCACUCCACCAAAACCCGAGCUUCGGCUACUACAACCCCCAGCAAGAAUCACAACCCGCUAACGGCUACGCCGAGAAAGAACCGCAAUUAAUGCUCGAAAGCGCGCGGUCAAUGGACUUUGUCACAGAACGAACGCGCGAGCGCGAGAGCCAGCUCCGAACGCCGAGUCCAGCCAAGCGCGGCCGUCGCUUUGCGUAG